UGACCAAAAAAAUCCAUUUUCCGAUGACCUUUUUGUUCUUUCAACCCUUCAAUCCCAUAGAGAGAGAGAGAGAGAGAGAGGGAGAAGAAGAAGAUUAUGUUUCUUUAGUUUUAAUAUCGAAAUUAGCCGAAAUUCUGCAAGUACUUGGAGGGUUGUUGAUUUGAUAUUUCAAUAACAGCAUGGCUUCUUUGAAUUCCGGGGUCCUUGUGAAGCUCCUCGAGGACAUGAAUGCGGAGGAGGCCGCUUUGGAUGACCGGAAGCCUGCCCUCUUACAGAUCCGAAGCAUUAUCCCCGUCCUGGCAGAAGGCGAUCUCUGGCCUAACCAGGGGUUCUACCUCAAGGUCUCCGACGCCUCGCACGCAAUGUAUGUUUCCCUUCCGCACGAUCAGGAUGAGUUCGUUCUUUGCAACAAAUUGCAUCUCGGGCAAUUCAUAUAUGCUGAUAGAUUGGAAACCUCAUACCCUGUACCAUUGCUCGUUGGUGUCAGGCCCUAUCUGGGCCGGAACUCGUGCACCGGGGCCCGGAAGGGCCUCAUCUCGAUCGACAACCUGGUAGAGAUUGGUGAUGCAUCCAACCAGGAACUGGUGAAGGAAGUAAUUAAAGAUGCAGAAGAAAAACCGAGGAUGAAGGUCCGGUCCACGAGCACUUCCGGGGCAGUCCCUGGCAUCAGGACUGUUAGGAAUAUGGCCCAGAAGUCUUCUAGAGAGAGGGAUCUGUCUGAUUCUGAUUGCUCAAGGAAGGUCGAUAGGGACAGCGAUACGGAGAGCACCAUAUCCACGUGUUCUUCUGUUUCUCGGAUCUCAAAGAGAAGAAGCUGGAAUGAUGCAGAUAAUUCUAGACUAGAUGAGAUUCUGGAAAUCCCGAGUAUCAGGCGCAGACUGAAGCCCAUUCGUCAUAGCCCCAGCUCUAGUAGUUCCGUGGUGCAUCUGAGGCAUGACAGCACGGUUGAAUUACCGAUUUCCAAGGCAUUGAGAAAGAGUAAGAGUGUGCUAUCACCAAAGGCGUCAAGGAAUUUGAAGAGCAAUAAGGUCUCCGCGACCUCGAAAAAGACUACUAGUGAGGUUUCCUUGGAUCAAACUGCUAUUUUCAGUUCCUUAAAUAACAGGACCAGGACAGAAGACACAAUCGUGUGGGCUUCGCUACCGUCGAGUUUACUCAUGCUCGGCAAGGAAGUCCUGAAGCGGAGAGAUGCAGCAUUGCUUGCUUCCAUGGAGGCUCUGCAGGAGGCUGCAGCUGCCGAGAGAUUGCUCAAAUGCCUAAGUGCAUACUCGGAGCUUCAAGCGGCAAAUUCAGAGGAUCGUGAAACCGAGGCAUUAGUCGAUCAAUUCUUCAACCUCCAGGAUGACUUAUCCCGGAGUCGACUGAUCGUUGAGUCCCUCAAUAUCAGAACCAGAUCGAAAUCCUCUGAACCUGAAGAGGAAUCAAACAAAGAUGUACUGAGAGUAGCAUCUGAGAGGACGAAAAAUGCACAAUCCUGGAUAAAAGCUGCUCUGGCAUCCGAUCUCACCACGCCAACCUCCACUGAGAAGGCAAGCGAUUAUGACAAUAGCCUGAAGGGCACAUGCACUUCUCGAAAGCUGAGCAGUUAUGAGCCAAAGGUUAAAUUGGGAAGCUCAGAUCGUAAGCUUGAGUGGUCGAGAGGAAGUUCACUGUGUGCGACAGGUGAUUUGGCAAGUUCUCUGCAGAACGAGAGCAGGGCAUUGUUUCUAGUCUUCGUGGAGCAAUACUUGGAUGGCCUUCGACACAGAUUUUCUCAGGAAUCAAGCAACGCGAUGGUGGGAACGAUGCUUCAAAUCAAGAAGGUUAGCGAUUGGAUUGAUUUGAUGGCCAAAAAGGAAGCAAACUGCUUAAAGAGCGGUUCUAAAUCUGAUGAUUCUGAGUUCGACAUCUAUGGAAGGGUAAAAAAUAAGAUAUAUAGAAUUCUUCUCAUGCACAUUGAGAAAACUGCCAUGGUGUGGGAAGAUAUGAGCGAGGCUUCUGUGGAUUAAAAAGUUUGUUGGAAAAUUUCCACUAGCGGACACGGGAAAAUGUUCGUGUUCGGGUCCUAGCUAUGUAACAUUUAUUGUACAAACAUAUACAGGAGUACUGUCAGAUACAAAAAGGAGGAAAACAAUUAAUUACGAUUUUCUUCCGGCAAGUUCAAACCAUGCAGCAGUCGGUAGUAGUAUAGUAGCCUCCAAAAAUGAACCAACUAACGAUGGUUGGAGCAGUAAAUUCUCAGACUAACACCAGCUACGUAAGCCUUCCUAGAAUAUGCUGUCACGGAAGUGUCUCGAUUCUUGAACCUGUCACUUGAUACCCAAGCAGCAGCUUCAUCUUUUUGCAACCUAUAUAAUUGGUUCCAUGUUCUGAUACUUGGUCGGGAAAAAUGGCAGUCUAAAUAGUGAAUUUACUGAGCUCUUCUUUUGGCGUCCUCAAUAUGGAACAUGAGCUGCAAAAUGUUGGAGGAGAUUCGAGUGGCAGGCAAGUAAUC